AUGCGACGCCCAUUGCGUGAUUUGUCUUCACGGGUCGUCAGACGCUGGAUACGGUGUGAUCCGCUGGUAGCGUUGUUGGUGCUGCUAUUUUGUACCUGCGCCUCCGACGUUUCCUCAUUAACUGAAUUUUCUGAGCCACCCCUCACGGCGGAGGGUGAUACGGACCCAAAGCAAACUGUGGAAGGUAUUGAACCCGUUAAUGGAACGUAUUUAACUUUUGACCUCGCCAUGUACGCAUCACGUCCAGCAAGUCGUGUGGAACUCUCCAAAAUAUACCACCGUGCCCUUCGGGCCCUUUACGACGAAAGCAAUCUCACGGAGGCGCUGACAUGGAUCAAGAAAGGCGCGGCGAUGGGGCACGGACGCUUGCACUGGUUGCUGGGGGUCAUGUAUGCAAGCGGUGUUGGAGUGCCGCAGUCGGAUGCCCAUGCGAUUAUGCACUACAAGUUUGCAGCUCUUGAAAGCAUUCCAGAGGCUCACAUGGCUCUUGGCUCCCGGUACCGUGACGGUGUUGGGGCUCCCCGCAACUGCCAGCUGGCCGUUUCACAUUUCCGUGAGGCGGCGGACGCGGUGGCUAUGACGUAUGGUGAGCUGCCUGGUUCCAUAGGUGAAACACGGUUGCGUAUGCUUUUUGGAGGUAAGUGGCACGUUUCCACCGAUGAGGAGACCGUCCAUGCGCUGAUGUAUGGAGCAGAUGGCGGCGCCACUGACAAAAUUAUUGCGCUUGGCUACAUGUACCUUAAGGGACGAAAUGGACAGCGUCGCGAUAGACUUCGGGCCCGCAGUUGCUUUCUUAGAGCAUUGGAGAAGGGAGACGACGCUGCGUAUGGUGCGCUCGGUCAAUUGUAUGCCACUGGGGAUCGUGCUGUGGAGCAGGGUGUUGCACGGGAUCUUGCCGUUGCCGCUUCGUAUUUUUCAAAGGGAGCAGUGAAGGGUGAGCCAACCUCGCUCAAUGGUAUGGGGUACAUGCACGCGAUUGGCUAUUACCAAAACGACAAACCUGUAACGGAUGCAGGCGCCAAACGUCAACCGGAUUUUAAAACCGCGGCGAAGUAUUUCAGGAAGGGUGCGAAUCGUGGAAACACGGAGGCUAUGUACAAUUUGGGUGUUUUGAAAUUACACGGCCGCGGCGUGCCACAAGAUCCUGCUGUAGCGAUUAGAUUGUUUAAGGUUGCGGCGCUGCGUGGAAGUGUCCUUUCGCUCUGGCAACUCGCCCGUCACGCCCAAAUGCAAGGUGACUGCCAGCAGGCUGUGCUUCUUUACAGUCGCGUGGUGGCACACGGCUCCAUGUUUAACGAGCAUAGUGAUGGACCGUACUUCCCACGCGGUGAAGAGACCCCUUUCACUCCCACGACUGACAGUACACUCGUACAGUUGCUGGAGCGGCUUGCAUUUGCUGAGACCGGCCACUCCGACUCUAGGCGCCGAGCCGUACGGAUGCUGAGUGACGAGAUUAUUGAAGAGGAGGAAGAAGGGCAGCUGCUCAACGGCAUCUUUGCAAAGGACGGUCGACCACCGGAGCGCGCGGUUCAGCAACAGGUGAAAGGAAAGGUGUACUUACAGUGGUACCGUGAUCCAAGUGGAAGGCGACAACGAGGCACAGCUCGUGGUUCCGCACCGUCGAUGAGAGAAAUUGGUAGAGGGGGUGGCCACACCCAGCGAAAAAUGCUCCUCUCGCAAAGGGAAGCAUACAAUAUGCUGAAGUUACGACUUUUGCAACUAAGCGCUCUCUCUGGCAACUUCGACUCUGAGUUGCAGCUUGGAAAUUUUUAUUACAAUGGUGAAAGUCGUUUCAUUGGUGUAGAUAUGGCGAAGGCACUGCUUCAUUACGAGGCGGCGGCGGGCUCCGGCCACUCUGAGGCACUCUUUAGUGCGGGCUUCAUGUAUCAGUUGGGCCUUGGUGUGGGCGGCAACAUUCGUAAACCUGUGGGGGUGUGGGAUGCGUUUGUGAGCAUAAUUACCAACACGGCACUUGACCCCGACGACUCGGUGGACCCUCAAGAGCUCAAGGGACUUGCAACAGAUCCUCUCAUUAUGCUAGAGAGGCGUUUGUACUUGGCGAAACGUUUCUACGACCACGUUAGAGAUGUAGAUGGUGGCUUGGGCUUUUAUGCGGUGUGGUUCGCACGCCUGUCACUGAACUUCCAGUGGUGGUGGCUAUAUUUCUGCCGGCAGCCGUACGGACUGAGCAGCUUGCUGCGGCUACCGAUGCCGAACGCGAAGUACAACGACGAUGUUAUGCGAGUUGCGGAUGUUGAAGGUGCUUCCACGGAGGGACUGGCACUGCGAGGGGAGUUACAUGCGGAAAUAACCCUCAAAAGCGCGGGUGGGUGGAAGUGGGAUGACUGCGUUCUUGUGUUUUGUGCGACGCUGUUGUUCAUGUGCCUACUACUAAGGCAUCACGGUGCAUGA